AUGAGAAGUCGCCCGCUAUUCAUCCGUCCUCGGGCCAGGCAAUUGAGGUGGAAGAAGUUCACAGACCUCACAUAUAUAGCCAGCAGACUUGACUUCCCGUCUGUGUAUGCCCAUGGUGCAAUCUCCAGCUAUUUUACCUCUCUUUUGAGCUUUGGCCCUGUCCAGCGACUCUUGGCAGUAUAUGUUCGUCCCCACGGUGAAUUUUCUCACGACGCACUGCUGGGAGUGCCUCCUGAUGCAUUCCUUGUAGAAGUGCGCCUCGAAACACAUUUUGACUGA